CAACUAAACAUGCGUGCGCGUCAACUCCACCCUGGUAUCCACAUUUCCGGGAAACGUGCCCUUCCCCUGCGCUGGCUGGCUGCAGCUACUGCUGUUUCUCCCAACGUCAGGAAAACGGCGACACAAAAAAAAGUCGUUGAAGAUAAAGCUGAACUCUCCAAUAGUUUUUUAUUUUUAUUUUUGUGGGUUGAACUGAAAACGUAGAAGAAGCAGAGGCGUUGCCAUGUUUGUGUGACGCACGGGAAAAUAGAACAUUUUUUUGUUGGUUGCUACAUUUUCGUCUGUUGCGUCUUCGCGCUAAGUUUGAAGUCAUGUCCAGGUCAGACUACCCUCCAGCGUAUGACAGCCCUCCGUAUGCACCACAGGGUGGGCCUCACCAACCACCCCCUGCCUACGGAUUCCCUGCUUACGGUGUUCCUCAACCCGGACCGCCUUCUGCUCCCUAUCCCAAUGAUUCAAACACACCGUUGUUCCCAGGUCAACCAGGCGGGGGCUACCCGCCUGCAGCCUAUUCAGGGCAACCUUACCCCUACGGUCAUCCAGGGGCAGGGUACCCUGCUCCACCUCCUAUGCCCCCAGUUAUUCCACCAACACUUCCAUCGGGUGUCCUGACUUCUGGUGAUGAGUUUGCAGCCAGUGGCAGGAACUGGAGCGAUCUCGGGAUUCGACACGCCUUCAUCAGAAAGGUGUAUAUGGUUUUGGCCGCUCAGCUCCUUGUCACAGCUGGCUUCGUCGCCGUGUUCACAUUUGUGGAACCUGUGAAAGUAUUUAUUAAGCAAAACCAAGCGCUUUAUUGGGUUUCAUAUGCUGUUUACAUAGUCACCCAUCUUGUGCUGGUCUGCUGCCAGGGUCCUCGGAGAAAGUUUCCAUGCAACAUCAUCCUGUUGUCUUUAUUUACUCUGGCUUUGUCCUACAUGGCUGGCUCCAUUUCCAGUUACCAUGACACAAAAUCGGUGUUUCUUGCUGUGGGGAUCACUGCGGUAGUCUGCAUUGCUGUGACCAUCUUUUGCUUCCAGACAAAGGUGGACUUCACCAAGUGUCAGGGACUUUUCUGCGUCCUGGGGAUGGUCAUGUUCGUGACGGGCAUCAUCACAGUCAUCGUGCUAUCCUUUAAAUAUAUUCCUUGGCUUCACAUGCUGUAUGCAGCUAUGGGUGCCAUUGUCUUCACUUUGUUCCUGGCGUAUCAUACCCAGCUCCUAAUUGGAAACAGAAAACAUUCCAUCAGUGAGGAGGAGUACGUGUUCGCUGCUUUGUCCAUCUACGUCGACAUCAUUCAGAUCUUCCUCUUUCUGCUGCAGCUUAUUGGCGCUUCCAACAGAUGAAUCCAGAACAGAGCACUCCAUUUCAGCUUUCAGCGUUUUGCUUGUUUGCCAGUAGGAAACCUGUUGAAGUUCCACUUUAUUAUUGCUCUGUCCCUACAGUAUGCAUUAUAUAAGGGGCCAACAACGAAUAUUAUUUCAACAUAGACAUUAACAGGCCAUCUGCGAUAGGUAUUCAAUCGUGCUUUACUACAUGCCUGGUCUAACAGUUUCUGAUCAUUUAUAUAUUGUAUGCACUGGUUCUAGAAAAGAAAUAAAUCAUAUGAUUUAUUUCUUUUCUAGAGUAAUGUUUUCGUUUUCUACAAUCGUUAUCAGAGAAGUGCCUUUGAUAAUUUGAACAUGAUUACAUCUUGUAUGACGACAAUAGCGGUUGUAAUCUGUAAAAAAAAAA